CCUUAUUAUAUGUUCAACAAAACGACGCGUUUAACAAUUCCCAAGCUCACGAUAUCUCCUUAAACGACGCCGUUUGGCUUCCCCAUCGCCGCUCAAAAACUCUAUCUUAUACCAUUGGCCUCUCUUGCCCAAUCCCCAGACCAAUCACUCUCCUCAUUUCUUCGAAGCUCAGCAGACGCCGAGUUUUGAUGGCGUUACCCGUCGUUGACACAGACUACCUCAAGGAGAUCGACAAGGCUCGUCGUGAUCUCCGAGCUCUCAUCGCCUCCAAGAACUGCGCUCCGAUCAUGCUCCGCCUGGCGUGGCAUGAUGCGGGGACGUACGAUGUUCACACCAAGACUGGCGGCCCUAACGGCUCGAUCAGGACUGAGGAGGAGUACUCUCAUGGUUCGAAUAAUGGCUUGAAAAUAGCUAUUGAUUUUUGCGAGGAAGUGAAGUCCAAAUACCCAAAGAUCACUUAUGCAGACCUAUACCAGCUUUCAGGAGUUGUUGCAGUUGAGAUCACAGGAGGCCCCACCAUUGACUUUGUACCUGGUAGAAAGGAUUCAAUGAUUUCUCCCAAGGAAGGGCGGCUUCCAGCUGCCAAAAAAGGGGUAUCACAUCUUAGGGACAUUUUUUACCGGAUGGGCCUGUCUGGCAAGGAUAUUGUGGCAUUGUCAGGAGGGCACACAUUGGGAAGGGCACAUCCAGAGCGAUCGGGUUUUGAUGGCCCUUGGACUAAGAAUCCUCUGAAGUUUGAUAACUCAUACUUUGUGGAGUUACUGCAAGGGGAAUCAGAGGGGCUGUUGAAACUUCCAACAGACAAGGCUUUAUUGGAUGAUCCUGAGUUCCGUGGUUAUGUUGAGCUGUAUGCAAAGGAUGAGGAUGCAUUCUUUAGGGACUAUGCAGUAUCUCAUAAGAAACUCUCAGAGCUGGGGUUUACUCCUUCAAGUUCCUCCGGCUCCAAGGUCAUUGCCAAAGACAGCACCGUAUUGGCACAGAGCGCUGUAGGAGUUGUAGUUGCUGCUGCAGUGGUGAUCCUGAGUUACUUCUACGAGGUUCGCAAAAGAAUGAAGUAAACAAGACCCGCCCUGUGUAUGAUCUCUUUAUUUAAGGUCACUCUUAUCAUGUACCGCGCAAUAGAGUUCUAGUUUUUCCAUCAAUAAUAACAGCAAUAAUAUAUCCUACAGGUCUGCCUAAAGCUUGCUGGUUAAGGCAAAAUUAGAAGGAUUUUCCCCAUUUUGGGGCAAAUAAUAGAAUGAAUGAGUUCUUCAA